CGGGAGCGCCCACGCUUCCCGCAGGGAGCGCCCACAUUCCCGCAGGGAGCGCCGCCGGCAGAGCGGGAGCGCCCCGGCCGGCCCGGGCUCGGGGACAAUGAUUACUUUCCAGCAAAAAAUUUUAACCUUGGUCAAGUGUUUCAGAAGGCAAUGGCGUUUAUUUUCAAACUCUGAAAGGACUACAGUGUGUGGAGCAGACUGCAUGCUGAUGGCAUUGCAACUGUCCAUGGCUGAAGUCAAUAAACAGCACUGUGGAGACUUCACAGUAUCACUUAGUGAUGUGCUGGAAACUUGGAACUAUUUGUUACAUGACAAACUGGGAUUAUCAUAUGAAAACAUGAAAGAACCUGAAAAUUAUGCUGAUGUAAAAAAAGCCUAUCACACCUUCUUAGCAAAAAGCAAUAUGUUAGAUCUAGUAGACAUAUGUCAGAAGUGCUAUAGUCUUGGACUUUUACCUGAAGAUGAAAGCAUAGCCCCUGUUCAGCUGUUGGAAUUCAUUUCUGGCAUAACUAAUGUGCAAGAAAAUAGUAGUUCUGUUCUUCCUACUCCUUCUACACAAGUUGACAGACAGGGCCAGGAGAAUGUGAAGGCAUCAAUCCUGGCAAAGAAGUCUGUCUGUUCAUAUUUAAGCCUGUUGGUGAAUUCUAAGGAUGAUCUGGCAUUGGCUCAUAUUCUAAAUGUUCCUGACAGAGGACUUGGUAGAGAAGCCUUCACUAACCUGAAACAUGCCUCACAGAAGAAGAAAAUGUCCAUUUUCCUGAUGGCAACAUCUUUUAUCCGAACCGUAGAACUUGGAGGAAGAGACUGUGCAUCUUCUUUAUAUGAUCCUUUAAGAGCUCAUGUAAAGGGGCUCUCCAGCUUUGUUACUUUUAUUGACAAGCUGCAAGAAAUUCUUGGUGAAAUCUUAAAUCCCAGAAUCGCAGGGGGGCGAAUUCUGUCAACAGUGAAGAUGCAUUUGAUAAAAGGCCGAAGCAAUGGGGAUCCUUUCUGUCAGGCAGUAGAGGAAGUUGUACAAGAUUUGGAUUUGAAGAUUAAAAAUAUUAUCGAUUCACAACAGGAAAUCUUGACUGCUAGCACUACUGGAGUCAGUCCAACACGGCCAAAAUUGCAUUCCAUAAAUCAUGGCACUGCAUAUUGUGGCAGAGAUACUGUAAAGGUCUUACUAGUUCUUCUGGAUGAAGAAUCUGUCCAUCCUCCUACCCAGAACAAAGCGGAUCUGUUAUACGACAAUGAAAGCUUAAAUUUGUUUGGAAUCACCUCUAUUUUGACACUCUUCAGAUCUCCAGCACAAUCCAAUGGAUCUUCUCCAAAACCUCUUAGACAACGUAUUCAGAAAUCUAUGAAGGAAAAAGUAAUUAAGAUGAAGCAAUCUUCAAUUAAAUCCCAGUUUGCAUGUACAUAUAAAAAUGAUUUGAGUGAAAUGGGUCAUCAGCAUUCUCUUGAAAUUCCAACCUGCAAACAUCCUGCACCAAAGCAACACUUGAAAGCUGGAUAUGGGACAGAAGGUACAAAUUCAUGUCUUGAUGUACCAGUGCUUGGAACUAUUUCUGAAAGUCUUCACCAGACUAGAAGUUGUACAGAAAUGGGAAAGCUGAGUUGUCAGCCAAGGAACAAGAACUCCAAGAAUGAACAGAUGGAUGUGAAUAAUGACAAAGUAAUCUGUGACAAGGAAAGUGAACCAUCUUUGCAAAAAAAUGCUAAAAGACUUAAGACUUCAAACAGCUCUCAGAAGGAAUUGGACAGCAAAAUUGGGGGUAAAAGAAAACAGACCAAAACUUCAAGUAAGAAUAAGUUGAUUGCUGGUCAGGCAAAAUUGACUCAAUUUUUUCGACUGUAGGUUUUUGUUUUGACAUACAUGGUAUGUUGACAGUUGUAAAAUUUUGUGAGAAAAAGGGUGAAAUUCAUGAAUUGCUUCCUUUCAUACUCAAAUAAUUGAAAGUAGCUUGUGUAUAAUAUUAGACAACUUAUUACAAGUCUGGAUUAUGCUGAAGUCUUUUAUUUUAUAAUAGCAAUACAUUGUUAGUAAUUGCAGUACGUGCUUUUUGGUAAUGAUUUAUGUAUCCCUCUACAAUGUGAUGGGAAACUAUUUUUGGAUGCGUAUGUAUAGCCACACUAAAACACAGUAACUUCAAAUUGCAUUAAAUUCAAAAUAAAAUGUUUAAUCUUCAAA